GAUAUCGGCGACGUGAGAAGCGAGCUCGACCAGACCGAGGAGACGUGCCAGCUGAUCGAGGAGGAGGUCAACCGGCCCAACAUGCCACAGGACAGCGACGAGGACGUGCGGGCUGUUAGACGUCGCGAGAUCGCGAAGAACAUGACCGCGGUUGCGGAGUUAGCCGAUCACGCCUCGAAGAUCGCCCGCCGGUUGCCCGAAGUGGCCCAGAUAUUCAAGUCAAAUCCGACAGUGCAUCUCGACUGGGGGAGAUAUCCGACAAGUGUAUUCGGUUCGCGGCUACGUCUCCCGCUGCAACUCCAGCGUCGCAGUGGUUACCGGUAAUAUUCG